AUGCUUCUAAAAGCCAAAUGGCAAGGGCUUGGUGAUAGCGUCAAAGCCCUGCAGAACAACAUGGAGCUGGAGAUCAGUAGGCAGUUUCAUAGUAACAAACCAAAGACUUCAGGAGUCAAGCCAGUUAAAUGUGGGAAAGGAAUAGUUGUCAAUGGUGAAGAGAUUUUUGAUACAGUCGGACAAUCAAAAUUUGUUCUAGCAAACCUUCAGCAUUACAUGGUCCAUCCAAAUUUGGCCCAGUACUACGAGCCUCCAAAGCCUACCGCACUGCAGAAAUUCCUGGCUCGAAACAGGAAAAUCACAAGCUUCAUGUUAAAAGUAACUGAGUAUGAUCAGGAUAAGACCUUACUGAUCUUGACCAACAACCCACCUCCUUGCCCAACCGACCAGCAUGGAAAGGACAUCACACCAAAAUUCUUUUCCAAGGAGUUACUGGUCAAGGUAAUGGAAAGUCAUUAUCAGCAAAAACCCAUUGAAAACUUCUGCCUGCCCCUGAUGCUUCAAAAAAAAAAGUUAAGAGCUGAGCUGAAACCAACCUUCCCGGUGACACUGUUGGACAAUUCUACAUCCAAGCGAGAACAAUGGUUUAGGUUUUCCACUGACGAUGAUUUCAAGAGUGAAGGGAAGUACUCAAAGGUCUAUGCUUUAAGGAACCAGAAAAAAAUGUACCCUCAGCUCACCUUUGCUCCAAUCUGUAAAAGAGAAAUGAAGAAAGAUGUUUCCAAGAAGCCAGUGAGUGAAAUGCCGACUUCCAAGGUGAUUUGGGAACCACUAACCCUUUCAUCGCUCCUGGAAGAGAAGCCCACUCGAAUUGUGCCAGGAAACAGAGCCUUCCUCAAUGGAAGGGUCCCGCAGUGGAUUAUAAAAUCUGCCACUGCCGUUAAGUGA